UCGACCUCCACAUCAUGCAGGGCCGAUUUCUGAUUGGUUCCGUGUUCAACUGGAAUACACGCAGCCAUGGGUAUAUAUUGUGGCAAGGUGUAUCACCAUUUAAGCGAAAGAGGAAUUUGAAAGGGAACGUUUACGCACUCUCCAAAUAUUCUCUCCAGAUAACGCAGUUUUUUGGCAAAGGACGGGCUUAUCGAGAACAUGAGAACGCAAAUCCAGAAAGCUCCGCAGAUCAUGGAGCUACUGAAGAAGAAGACUGUGGGGCUGCAACAUUGCAAACCGACGUCGUCGGUCUGCGUACUGGACGCCAAGGAUGCUGUUCCCACCGCGACGUGCCCACACAGUCUCGAUGCUCUCCCUGGGCCAACCAACUGGCCACUAUUCGGCAGCCUCAUCCAACUACUCUUUAAAGGCGGGCUGAAACGCCAACACGAGGCACUGGUGGAUUACCAUAAAAAAUUUGGAAAGAUUUUCCGCUUGAAACUUGGCUCUUUUGAAUCAGUACAUAUCGGUGCACCCUGCUUGUUGGAGUCGCUGUACAGGAAAGAGGGCAACUAUCCCCAAAGACUGGAGAUCAAACCGUGGAAAGCCUACAGAGACCUUCGGGACGAGGCUUACGGGCUUCUCAUCUUGGAGGGAAAGGACUGGCAAAGAAUGCGGAGUGCUUUCCAACAGAAACUGAUGAAACCGACCGAGGUGAUGAAACUCGACGGUAAAAUCAACGAGGUCCUUGCAGAUUUCGUCAAAAGGAUUGGAGUAAUCAGACACAACGGAAAAAUCACCGACUUGAAUCAUGAACUGAACAAGUGGUCUUUUGAAACAAUUUGCUUCGUUUUGUACGACAAAAGGUUUGGACUUCUUCAGGAACAUGUCAAUGAAGAGGCAACGAACUUUAUAGCAGCAAUAAAAACGAUGAUGAGCACGUUCGGUACCAUGAUGGUAACUCCGGUGGGACUUCAUAAAAGUCUAAAUACCAAGACCUGGCAAGACCACACGGCAGCCUGGGACCAAAUAUUUAGCACAGCUAAGGUGUACAUUGACAAGAAGCUGAACAAACAAGGAAGUGAGAAGGAGGAAGACUUCCUGUGUGACAUCUUUCACCACAGUCACCUGACCAAGAAGGAGAUGUACGCCGCCACCACUGAACUCCAGAUUGGAGGCGUAGAGACGACGGCCAACAGCAUGCUCUGGGCUAUUUUCAACCUCUCACGAAACGGCUGUGCCCAGGGGAAGCUUCUGAAGGAGAUCCAAACGGUAGUGCCUGCGGGUCAGAUCCCUACCGCGGAACACAUCAAGAACAUGCCCUACCUCAAAGCCUGCCUCAAGGAAUCCAUGAGGCUCACACCAUCUGUGCCCUUCACCAGUCGUACCCUGGACCAAGACACCAUGUUGGGGGACUACACACUGCCAAAAGGGACGGUUCUGGUCAUCAACAGUCAAGCUCUUGGUUCUAACGAUGAAUACUUCAACAACGGGAAGCAGUUCCGUCCGGAGCGCUGGCUUCAGGAGAAAAACUCCAUCAACCCUUUUGCCCAUGUGCCCUUUGGCAUCGGGAAGCGGAUGUGCAUUGGGCGCCGCCUGGCCGAACUGCAACUGCAGCUGGCACUCUGCUGGCUGGUGCGAGACUAUGAGAUUGUGGCCACAGACCAGGACCCUGUGGAGGCCGUCCACUUUGGUACUCUGGUGCCCAGUCGUGAGCUUCCCGUGGCCUUCGUACAACGCUGAGGGGUAAAUCCACUACACUCAGAUGACUCCUACAGUGCAAGAAGCCUGAAGAUGCUGCUAUAUGACUUUACUCUUCCUCCCAUAUACCUCAUGUCAUGUAUUCGUACAUAUCUUAUUCUAUAUUAACAGUAAUGAUUAGUUAUUGACCAAAUAGGCUAGUCAGUCAUGCAGACAUACUGAUAUGAUCUCCCAUGGUGACUGCUUUUAACUACCUUGUAGUUAUGUCUUUUGAUAGUCUAAAUGAAAUGCAAUCAUUUCUAUGUAUACACUAAAAUGUUUCUAUGUACAGUGUAACUUAUGUAUUCAGUAAAUGUAUCUAAUAAGAACAUGGUAUUUAUGUAUAUAGAUGUAACAUAUUCUCAUUUAUUUAUAUAUUCAAAUAAACCUUCCAUUUGCUA